ACGACGGAGAGGCUAGCCGAUUCGGCUUCGUUACGAGAAUCAUUGUUUCGAGGGAAAACGGUCAACGGUGUGCCCUGAGCCCAAAUUUUCCUCUUGCUUCGGGGUUUCGUUUUCUCUCCGUGUGUCGGAUUUGAAUUUUUCUUUUUUUUUUUCUUCAUUUUUGUUCCGAUCCAAUAGUCGCGUCCUCGGCAAGCGCGUGUCACCAGACGCAACAUGAAAGUUUCACUUCUGCUGUUGGUCGCUUUGAUCGCGAUCGCUUCUGUGACCGCGAACAAAUAUCCGUCGAAAUACGACGACGUCGACGUCGAGAGGAUCCUCCAGAACGGCCGUGUACUCACAAACUACAUCAAAUGCAUGCUGGAUGAGGGCCCGUGCACCAAUGAAGGUCGAGAAUUGAAAAAAACUUUGCCAGAUGCUUUAUCCUCGGGUUGCAGUAAAUGCAAUGAAAAGCAAAAAGUCACCGCGGAGAAGGUAAUAACUCACCUCAGAACGAAAAGACCGAGGGACUGGGACCGAUUAACGGCGAAAUAUGAUCCGAAUGGUGAAUACAAAAAGAACUUCCAGAACACUGAAGCCGCCAAAAAGACGUAA